AUAAGCAAGUUGGGUUAUUGGAGCCUGACCCACACCCGGGUCAGAAGGUGGCGGUAAUGCCCCGUUGUAAAGGUGGCCAACUGCCGUUAAACUCCACGAAGAAGCAGAAGCAUCGGCACAACACGCAACAUCACGAGCUCAAACGCCUCUAGACAUUCAGCUUAAAACAGCACAUUUGGAAGAGUUUAAACGCUUUAUUUAAACGCUCACUACUUUUAAAGUGUGAAAAUGUCGAACGUCCAAAUGCUGAGAUCGUUUGUGAAGCAGCGACUAACUCCGGCUGAUGGAGAGAUAUUUGGGCUGUUUGAAAGAACGAUAGCAGAGUACGAGGAGGGACAUUGUCGAUCAAAAGAGGAGAACGAGCGACAACGGAAACUACUGGACGCUGUUUUCAACCCUCAGCUUCGGUUACACAGAGCAGACGUCCAGCAGCUGUUGGUGGUUAAAGAAGAGGUUCCCCCUGAGCAGCAGGAGUGGAGCUCCAGUGUGGACCAGGAGGACCCAGAGCCUCCACACAUGAAAGAGGACCAGGAGGACCCAGAGCCCCCACACAUGAAAGAGGACCAGGAGGACCCAGAGCCUCCACACAUUAAAGAGGACCAGGAGGACCCAGAGCCUCCACACAUUAAAGAGGAACAGGAGGACCCAGAGCCUCCACACAUUAAAGAGGAACAGGAGGACCCAGAGCCUCCACACAUUAAAGAGGACCAGGAGGACCCAGAGCCCCCACACAUUAAAGAGGAACAGGAGGACCCAGAACCCCCACACAUUAAAGAGGAACAGGAGGACCCAGAGCCCCCACACAUUAAAGAGGACCAGGAGGACCCAGAGCCCCCACACAUUAAAGAGGAACAGGAGGACCCAGAACCCCCACACAUUAAAGAGGAACAGGAGGACCCAGAGCCCCCACACAUUAAAGAGGACCAGGAGGACCCAGAGCCUCCACACAUUAAAGAGGAACAGGAGGAACUCUGGAUCAGUCAGGAGGGAGAGCAGCUUCAAGGGCUGGAGGAGGAUGAUAUCAUCAAGUUCCUUUUCACUCCUGUCCCUGUGAAGAGUGAAGAUGAUGAAGAGAAACCUCAGUCCUCACAGCUUCAUCAAAGACACACUGAACAGAUGGAAACUGGAGCUGAUGGAGAGGACUGUGGAGAACCAGAACCAGCCAGGACCUCAGAUCCAGAUACACAGAUACAACCUGAGACUAAUGACAGUGGUGAUGAUGAUGAUUGGACAGAGACCAGAGAACCUCAGUCAGGCUUAAACUCUCUUAGAAAUGAUGAAGACCCUGUUAGUGACUUGACGUGUAGUGCUGAUGAGAAACAAUUUAGCUGCUCUGAGUGUGGGAAAAGAUUUUGUAGAAGUGGAGUUCUGAAAAGACACAUGAGAACUCACACAGGAGAAAAACCAUAUAGCUGCUCUGAGUGUGGGAAAAGAUUUUCUUUGUCAGGUCAUCUAAAGGCACACAUGAGAACUCAUUCAGGAGAAAGACCAUUUAGCUGCUCUGAGUGUGGGAAAAGAUUUUCUCAGUCGAGUGCUCUGAAAGCACACAUGAUAACUCACACAGGAGAAAAACCAUAUAGCUGCUCUGAGUGUGGGAAAAGAUUUUGUAGAAGUGGAGUUUUGAAAACACACAUGAGAACUCACACAGGAGAAAAACCAUAUAGCUGCUCUGAGUGUGGGAAAAAAUUUUCUUGGUCAGGUCAUCUAAAGGCACACAUGGGAACUCAUUCAGGAGAAAGACCAUUUAGCUGCUCUGAGUGUGAGAAAAGAUUUUCUCAGUCGAGUGCUCUGAAGGCACACAUGAUAACUCACACAGGAGAAAAACCAUAUAGCUGCUCUGAGUGUGGGAAAAGAUUUUCUCUGUCAAAUUCUCUGAAGAUACACAUGAAAACUCAUACAGGAGAAAAACCGUUUAGCUGCUCUGAGUGUGGGAAAAGAUUUUCUCGAACAGGUCAAGUGAAGACACACAUGAGAUUUCAUACAGGUGAAAAACCAUUUACCUGCUCUGAGUGUGGCAAAAGAUUUUCUCAGUCAGGUGCUCUGAAGACACACAUGAGAUUUCAUACAGGAGAAAAACCAUUUAGCUGCUCUGAGUGCAGUAAAAGAUUUUCUCAGUCAGGUGCUCUGAAGGCACACAUGAGAUAUCAUACAGGAGAAAAACCAUUUAGCUGCUCUGAGUGUGGGAAAAAAUUUUAUCAGUCAUGGUGUCUGAAGACACACAUGAGAGUUCAUACAGGAGAAAAACCAUUUAGCUGCUCUGAGUGUGGGAAAAUGUUUUCUUUGGCAGGUCAUCUGAAGAGACACAUGAGAUCUCAUGCUGGAGAAAAACCAUUUAGCUGCUCUGAGUGCGGUAAAAAAUUUUCAGAGUCAGGUACUUUGAAGGCACACAUAAGAACUCAUGCUGGAGAAAGACCAUUUAGCUGCUCUGAGUGUGGGAAAAGAUUUACUCGGUCAGGUGAUCUGAAGGCACACAUGAGAACUCAUUCAGGAGAAAAACCAUUUACCUGCUCUAAGUGUGGGAAAGGAUUUUCUCAAACAGGAUAUCUGAGAAGACACAUGUCAACUCAUACAGGAGAAAAACCAUUUAGCUGCUCUGAAUGUGGGAAAGGAUUUUCUCGAACAGGUCAUCUGAAGAGACACAUGACAACUCAUACAGUAGUAAUACCAUAUAGCUGCUCUGAGUGAGGGUAAAGAUUUCCCCAAAAUAUUCAUCUGAAGACACACAUGGGCAUUCACACAGGAAAAAAAAAACUAUUUAUCUGCUCUGUGUGGAAAAAUUUUUUUUUCAUCCACGUGAUGUGAAGGCACACAUGAGAACUCAUUCUGGAUAAAGACCAUUUAGCUGCUCUGAGUGUGGGAAAGGAUUUUCUCAAACAGGAUAUCUGAAAAGACACAUGAGAACUCAUACAGGAGUAAAACCAUAUAGCUGCUCUGAGUGUAGGAAAAGAGAUGGAAACAGAAGCUGAUGGAGAGGACUGUGGAGGACCAGAACCAGCCAGGAACUCAGAUCCAGAUACACAUUUACAACCUGAGACUGAUGACAAGACGGGAGAGUCUUCUGAACCUGAGACUGAUGAUAGUGACGAUGAUUGGAAAGAGACCAGAUAAUCUCAGUCAUGUUUUUGCUGUGAACUUGUAGCUUCCUGUCAGCACCGCUAAACAUGGAUGAUUUAUUCAUAACGAUAGCAGAGUAUGAGGAGGAACUUUGUCGAUGAAAAGAGGAGAACGAGCGACAACGGAAACUACUGGACGCUGUUUUCAACCCUCAGCUUCGGUUACACAGAGCAGGUUUGUUCAUUAAACAUUACAAGUUCAUUAUUAAUAAUAUAACUGCAGCUUUGUUCAAUAAAUAUUUAGUCUGUCGACGUUUAAAAGCCACGUUAGCUUCUCUGGUGUCGUUAGCUUCUCUGGUGUCAUUAGGUUCUCUGUUGGCGUUAGCUUCUGUGGUGUCCUUAGCUUCUCUGGUGCCAUUAGGUAUUUCUACUUCUGGCUGUCAUGGGUUUUUUUUUUCUUUAGAUAUGUAAUAGGACAAACAUGCUCUUUUACAAUUUAGUGGGAUUUCUUAACUCAUACGGGACACAGGUAACGUGUUUACUUCCUGUAAAUAGAGCAGUAAAUCUGAUGUCCAUAGAUGUAUUUUGUAUUCAUCUGUUUUAACAUAUCUGUAGCAUGUUUUUCUGUAUCAUAAUACAUGUCUCAGGAUUUCAGUCACCAGCCACUUUAUUAGGUACAUCUUGAUAGAACCGGGUUGGAUCCCCUUUUUAACCUCUUUAACUCCGUUCAGACACCGGCGUCUGCGCUCCCUCCCUCCUCUGUUAAAUGGUAUCUCACAGGCGCACUACGUCAUCAAACCAUGUGAUGUUUGGUAUCACCGGAUUCAGGAAUCUCUCGGCUUCAGGGCAGCCUAAACACACAACGUCCAACAUCGCAAUGAGUGGUGACAAGACAUGUCAUGCUGUUUUUCGAGGGGAAAAGUUAAAGGAUUACUCGCAAUCUCAUGCAGAGCCGUCAGUGGCCGGGCAAGUACUUCCCAAAUCUACUCCCCAUCUAAAUUCUGACUUGCCCUGCCUAAGAGGUUCUUAUUCUGGCUGUGUGGUGCAUAUUUUCGCUCAUGACUUAUAUGUUACGUGAGCAGAGACGCUCAGCCAAUGGAGGCAGCAGCACAUAAAAAAGCAGCACACUGCAACUGGCCCCUCCGAGGACAGAAACAGGAGAGGAAAUACACCAUUACAGGCCUGGAAUUAAGUCAUUUUUAGGGCAAGGCCACUUGGCCUUUGAUAAAUACAAAUUUAUUGGGGCACCAAGGCCAAAACCAAUGGCACAAUAACAAUAUGUGCUAACUACAUUGAAUGACGACAAAACAACAUAUAUGUUGAAAAACAGUACUGAGAUUAUUAGAACUGGGUGUGCAUGACUGGGGAUAUAUCUCGUUUCUUGUUGUUUUGAUUCAUGUUCCUUAUUUUUUAAGUCUUUGAAAUCUCUUUAU